GAUAGAGAGAACCUAUCGCUGUGCAUUUCACGAGCCUAUCGUCUCUUAUUGCUGCUGUAAGGCGAACGGAGAGGAGGUGUAUUUUUUUCUGGACGGAGAGAGAGAGAACUGGGAGCUCGAGGUGGAUGCAGGAGAAGGUAAGGUGCCCACUGAAGUGAAUCUAUCAAAAGCGAGCUCCUUCUUCAGUCCAGUUGCCCACAAAUUAAUAUCUCCGGGCUCCAGACUCACACCCAGGCAGAGGCGAUUGCUGGCAAGUCAAGCGGAACACAGGCCGAGAUCUUUUUGUCAAGGUUCUCCCUGGGAAAAAUGAAGCCGAGUGACAGGAGAUUUUGCCGUUUUCUGGGGCUAAUGACAUUGUUCCUGUGCCUUUGUGAGACAAGUCUAUCGUACUCCUCGCCCUCAGCGUCUCGCCCACAGGCCAAGGACUCACAGGAAGCUCACCAGAGGGUGAAGCGAGGCUGGGUGUGGAACCAGUUCUUCGUUCUGGAAGAAUAUACAGGGACAGAUCCUCUCUAUGUGGGAAAGCUUCACUCGGACGCCGAUCGAGGCGACGACUCCAUCAAGUACGUGCUGUCGGGAGAAGGAGCCGGUUCCAUCUUCACCAUCGACGAAAUCACAGGAGACAUUCACGCCACCAAGCGCCUGGACCGGGAGGAGCAGGCCUAUUACACGCUGAGGGCCCAGGCUGUGGAUAAGCUGACAAAUAAACCCGUUGAGCCCCAGUCCGAAUUCAUCGUCAAGAUACAGGACAUCAACGACAAUGAGCCCCAGUUUCUGGACGGUCCCUAUGUGACCAGUAUCCCUGAAAUGUCCCCCGUGGGAACCUCUGUGCUCCAGGUGACAGCCACCGACGCUGAUGAUCCCACCUAUGGGAGCAGUGCCAGGGUGAUUUACAGCAUCCUUCAGGGACAACCAUACUUCUCUGUGGAGCCAAAGACAGGAAUAAUCAGGACUGCUCUGCCCAACAUGGACAGAGAAGCCAAGGACCACUACCUCUUGGUCAUACAGGCCAAGGACAUGGUGGGGCAGAUGGGAGGAUUGUCGGGAACCACAUCAGUCACCGUGACCCUCAGCGACGUCAAUGACAACCCACCACACUUCCCUCGCAAGGUUUAUCAGUACAACGUGCCUGAGUCGCUGCCUGUAGCGUCAACAGUGGCCAAAAUCAAAGCGUUGGAUUCCGAUGUCGGACGCAAUGCUGAAAUGGAAUACAGGAUCGUUGACGGGGACGGCCUUGGGAUCAUCAAAAUUUCCACCGACCAAGACACUCAGGAGGGAGUCCUGACACUUCAGAAGGAGCUGGAUUUCGAGACCAGGUCUGGCUACAGCCUGAAGAUCGAGGUGACCAACAGGAACAUUGACCCGCGGUUCCUCAGCCUGGGGCCGUACAUCGACACGACGGCGGUGAGGCUGACCGUGGAGGACGUCGAUGAGCCACCGGUGUUCAGCUCUCCCGGCUACACCAUGGUGGUUUCCGAGGCUGCCAGCGCUGGGACCCCCAUCGGCACCGUCUCCGCACACGACCCCGAUACAGCAAACUAUCCCGUGAGGUAUUCCAUAGAUCGCAACACUGACCUGGAAAGAUAUUUUAACGUCGAUGCCAUGUCUGGGAUCAUUACGAUAGCCAAGACACUGGACAGAGAGACCAACGCAGAACACAACAUCACGGUUCUGGCUAUAGAAAGUCAAAACCCUUCGCAGAUCGGACGAGGUUCUGUCCUCGUACGCCUGGUGGAUGUGAACGACAACGCACCUGAAUUCCCAAUGGAAUACGACACGUUUGUCUGCGAGAACGCCAACCCCGGAGACACAAUCCAGAGGAUCAGUGCGGUGGACAGGGACGAACCUCCGAGUGGGCAUCGCUUUCACUUCUCCCUGGCUCCUGGAGCUGCCAACAACCUGAACUUCACAGUACAAGACAACAGAGACAACACGGCUCUGAUCCUGACCCGCAAAGCUGGCUUCAGUCGACAAGAACAGCCCAUUUACCAGCUGCCCAUUGUGAUCGUGGACAACGGGAUUCCAUCACUCAGCAGCACCAACACCCUGACCGUCCGCGUGUGCGGCUGCGACGGGGACGGAGUGGCCCAUUCCUGCAACACCGAGGCCUUUGUCCUGCCCGCGGGCCUGAGCACAGGGGCCCUCAUAGCCAUCCUGGCCUGUGUCCUUACAUUGCUAGUGCUGGUGCUGCUCAUCGUAACCCUGAGACGCCGCAAGAAGGAGCCGUUGAUCCUGGACGAGGAGAAGGACGUGCGGGAGAACAUCGUCAGGUACGACGACGAGGGCGGGGGCGAGGAGGACACCGAGGCCUUCGACAUGGCCACCCUGAGGAACCUCCACUUCAUCCAGGACCCCAAAACCCGGCGGGACGUGACCCCCGAAAUCCAGUGCUUCUCAAAGCUGGCCGGCGGGGGAGCAAAAACAGCCGAUAACGUCAUAUUCCGGGAAUUUAUCUGGGACAGGAUGAAGGAGGCGGACUCGGAGCCUUCUGCUCCACCCUACGACUCUCUACAGACUUACGCGUUCGAGGGCAAUGGAUCGGUGGCGGAGUCUCUCAGCUCCCUCGAGUCGGUCAAUUCCGAGUCAGACCAGAACUACGAUUAUCUCAGUGACUGGGGGCCACGUUUCCAAAAGCUGGCUGACCUGUACGGUAGCAAUAAUAAGGAAUGUCUCGGCUCUUAGUUUUUUUCCAGGUCAAACGAACGAACGAACGAAUGAACCGAACGAACGAACGAACGAACGAUCGCAUCGAUUUUUUUUUUGGAAUAAGGUCACCCACCAAGUCACCCACACACCCGCCCACUCACCACUUAC